CUCGAGCUGAGCGGAUCGCAGAGAUUAGAGAGACUGAAAGUGGCGCGAGUUUCGUUACUGCCGUUACAAUCUUCUGUUUAACUCUCCCUAAAGAGUCUUAUAUACUUAUCUAGUGUAGUUAAUCGUAGCCUGUAGUACUCUUCCGAUCCUCGAUCCCUGAUCCUAGAUCCUAGUUUGCAUGCAUUUCGUCCUGGUUCUUUGUGUUUGUGCCUGGUAUUUGAUCGCCUUUCGUGCCAAUCGCGUUAAUUUAAUCCGUCAUCGUUUGCCAACGUGUUUUAUCGCAAUGGAGGCGAGCUCGAAUCCCACAACACCCACGACGGCGGUGGCCACCACCACAUCCACAUCCAGUCCAUCGCCAGCUGCCAGCACCAGCAGCAAAGGACACAGCCAAUCCGCAACAGCAUCUGCAUCCGCCUCCGCCACACAGUCACAGCUGCUGACCACCAGUCUGGAAAUGCCCAAGACGGAGGAUCUGUACAAUCUGUCCGUAGCCAGCGGACUAUCCGAGGGACAGAGAUCGCUCUCGGGCGCUCCGUCGGCCUCCUCCAGUCCCAUUAUGAGUCCGCAGGGCAAGAUCUUUGGAAGGAAUGCGAAUGGAACAAUGAUCACCACAUCGCGACCGGGCAACGAGGCGGAGGUGCAGCUGUACCGGGUACUCCAGAGGGCCAGUCUGUUGGCCUACUACGACACCCUGCUGGAAAUGGGCGGUGAUGAUGUGCAGCAGUUGUACGACGCCGGCGAGGAGGAGUUCCUCGAGAUCAUGGCCCUGGUCGGCAUGGCUUCCAAGCCACUUCACGUCCGCCGGCUGCAGAAGGCGCUGCACGAGUGGGCCAACAAUCCGGGUCUCUUCCAGGGACCCAUGAUGCCGCAUCUGGGUCUCUGCGAAACGCCACCGAAACCGGCAUUGAUCUUCAAUCCGGACACCACGCCCGCUCUGCCCCGCCAGAAAUUUCCCUCGUUCAAUCCCUCGGGUUCCUCCUUUAUGCCCUCGCCGGUUCCCCCAGCUCCACUGCCCGCUUCCGCCUCGGUUCCCGCUCCCACUGUCCCCUUGGCUACCCAGAUCAGCUGUCCCUCAGCUCCUUCGGUGCCCUUGCCGCUGGUACUGCCCCCCAACCCGCUGACCAGCAGUCCGCAUCCCUCGGCGAACAGUAACCUUCCGGCGAACACCGCCCACCAGGUCUCCUCCAGUUCGCCCCAGCUCACACCUGUUCUGACCGAAGCGCAGAUCCAGCGGAUAACCAUGUGUGCUGAUAAGAUUGGCAGGCAACUGCCCCAGAGGGAACCGCGCGCCCAGACCACCAGGAAGCGAACCACCCGGGAACUGGAGCAGGUUAUCGCCAUGGGGGAACAGGAUCCGCGGCGCAUGGACGAGAUCCGUAAGUACUCGGCCAUCUACGGCCGUUUCGAUUGCAAAAGGCGGCCGGAGAAGCCGCUGACCUUGCACGAGGUGUGCGUCAAUGAGGCGGCGGCCCAGCUGUGUCGGAAUCCCCAGACCAUCUGGCUGCUGACCCGCCGGGAUGAGCUGUUCCCCCUGGCACGGCAGAUUGUCAAGGAUGCCGGGUUCGGCCACUCGGCCAGCAUUGCCCGGUACGGUGGUCUGCUCACCCAGCUGCCGUCGCAGGGAGCGGGAUUGGGCGGAGGACGGGCUCCUGGCGACACGGACUGCGAGUCCAGUGACGCCGCCGUGCCCUCCAAGCGACAGCGACUCUCCUCUACGGAGGCUGCGCAGCUGCCGCUCGACUUGAAUCGGGAAGCUGUCGAGGAUUCGCGCUACAAUCUGUUCGCCAUGUACCAAAAGUUUGCCAAGCCGCCAUUUGAUCUGUCGGAAAUUGCCAAGUUCUCAGUCAGCAAGGCGGCUGAUUAUGAGGACAACGAUUCGCGCUUCUCGUUCAGCAACUCAAGCUCGCCGACCAUGCCAGUGAGUAUGUGUUGGAGCUCUACGAGGGCAUUCCGUUACCCGGGAAAGGCCGAAGAAUAAGAGAAAUACAUUUAAUCCUCCACAGACGCCAUGCAAUGGAAUGGAAGGUGAGCGAUCGCCCGUCUCUCGCCAGAUGGAGACAUCGUCGCCGCCACGGGAAUCAGUGGAUCUGAGUGGCACAUCCUCGGGCGCAGCUCUAAGUGGAGUCCAGGUCAUCUCCGCGGCGGGGGACAACAUUAUCGCGGUGGCCAAUCCCGCCCUGGCACUCAGUCCCGCUUUGAACGAGGUGCUCGCGCUCAAGAGGAGUGCUGCUUCACCAGAGACUUAGUUCUGGAGAAAAUUGGAUGGAUGCCAUUCGUAGUGCCAGAUUGGGUUACCCACACCCAAAUCGUUUUGAUUCCAGUGCAAUUCAACUAGAUUAGUAUCGUCUAAAAACAUAACUUUAUUUAAGGAGCUUUAAGACAACGAUUAUUUUGUAGUCUCUGUGAUCUAUACUAAAACACUGUAAUAAAAUCAUUAUUUAUCUAUCAAUAAAAAGUUAUAAUAAUUUUU